UAAUGGAUAUAUUGCCAUUGAAUUUCCGAGUUUUAUGGUUUUGCGGUGCAUGGAGCGAAGAAAAUGAUAACGGUUUUUUCGUUCGUUUUAUAAGUUUCUGCUACAGGUACGCAGUAGUAAUUUUAAUAUACGAAUUUACGUUAUCUGAAAUAAUUGAACUUGUAAGAACUCACGACCAUAUCGAAGAUCUAACGGAAGGGCUUUUCCUAGCAUUAACUUAUGUAGCUUUAUGUAUUAAAUAUGGAAACUUCUUGGCGCGAAAAGAUGAAGUAUCCACAUUGCUGGAUUAUUUUCGUGGCGAAACGUGUCGACCAAAAAAUUCCGAAGAGGAAAUGAUCUUAAUUAAGUACGAUCGCAAAGCCAAGUGGUGCGUCCGAAUUUUUAUGAGUAUAUCUCAAGCCACUUGCAUAGCUCUCGUGCUCGCUCCUAUUGUGGGACCUCAAGAUACAGACAGACCUUUACCAUUUAAGACGUACAUGCCAUACUCGAUAGCUGGCUUAUAUCCGUACUUGGCUACGUAUCUCCAACAUAUAGGUGCCAUAUUUUACGGAGUCCUGCUCAACGUCUCGUUCGAUUCUCUCGUCUAUGGCUUCACCCUUCAUGUUUGCGGACAAAUCGAAUUGUUACGUUAUCGUCUAUCGGAAAUCUUCAAGGAUCACUCUGAUAUCGCGCAAUAUCGAUUCAGUUCGAAUAAAGACGCGAUGAUUAGCGAGUGCGUGAGACAUCAUUUACACGUACACAAGAUCGUACGCAAGAUACAAUCGUUAUUUGUAUGGACCGUGAUGCUUUUAUUCGCUUUCAGCAUGAUCACCCUAUGCACCAGUAUUUUUCAAAUGUCUAAGAAGGAGAUUCUUAGCGUCGGAUUUCUCUCAUUGAUUUUAUAUCUCGGGAGCAUGUUGUUUCAAGUGUUCUUCUACUGCUGGUACGGGAACGAAUUACAAUUGAAGAGCAAAAGUAUCGGCGACGCUAUUUAUUCGAGUAAUUGGACGACUGCUACCACGUACAAUCGCAGAAGUUUGCUGUUCAUGAUGACUAUCAGUCAAAAAGGAUUAAAAUUGUCUUAUUAUGGCAUUUUUAGCUUAGCCCUCGAUACUUUCACCUGGAUUUUAAAAACAUCUUACUCUGCUUUUAAUGUUCUGCAACAGACGUCAAUAUAACUAUACCUGGAUUAUAGGAAAAACGCGGAUUAUGUGAGCGUAGAAGUAAGGAGAUUAAGAGGAGAAAUAUUGUGUCCAUGUCAU